CCACGUGACCCGAGCUGUCUCGCUGGGUUUGGGGGUCUGCUGCCCGGAGGGUGUUUGCGCAGGUGAGCUGGACGCGCUGGUGAAGGCUGUCUCAGGCCCGAGGGCCUCCAGAGGAGCGGGCUCCUUCAGGGCGGCCGGGGCCGACUAUCAAGCCUCCAGGACUGUGUAUGGGCCAACAGGCUUUCACCAUGAAGACGAGGAAGCCUCUCUGUGCCCACUCUCUGGUUGGGGUCUGCAUCCUCAUCUGCUUUAUAACCGCUAUCAUUCUGGGUCAUGUCAUGCUCCAUGACUUAAUGAUGCUUCCCCAAGACUUUCCUGCGUCCUCUUCAGGACUGGAAGAUACUUUUAGGCCUCAACAUUGGAAGGGUUACGGGCCACGGCCCCAGCACACCCAGGAGCACCCUGUGCAGCCUGCAGCAGUGCCCACGAAGUGUGAUGUGCCUCCCAACAGCCGCUUUGACUGUGCUCCAGACAAGGGCAUCUCCCGGGAGGAGUGUGAGGCCCGUGGCUGCUGCUAUGUCCCAGCCGGGCAAGUGCUAAAGGCGCCGCUGAUGGGGCAGCCCUGGUGUUUCUUCCCUCCCAGUUACCCAAGCUACAGGCUAGAGAAUUUGAACUCUACAGAGACGGGGUACACAGCCACCCUGACCCGUACCAGCCCGACCUUCUUCCCAAAGGAUGUGCUGAGCUUACAGCUGGAUGUGCUGAUGGAGACCGAGAGCCGCCUCCACUUCAUGAUCAAAGACCCCGCUAAUAAGCGCUACGAAGUGCCCAUGGAGACCCCGCGUGUCCUGAGCCAGGCACUGUCCCCCCUCUAUACUGUGGAGUUCUCAGAGGAGCCCUUCGGAGUGAUUGUCCGCAGGAAGCUGAAUGGCCGGGUGCUGCUGAACACUACUGUGGCCCCCCUGUUCUUCGCUGACCAGUUUCUGCAGCUGUCCACGUCAUUGCCCUCCCAGCACAUCACAGGCCUCGCUGAGCACCUCAGCCCACUCAUGCUCAGCACCGAAUGGACGCGGGUCACCCUCUGGAACCGGGACCUGGCACCCUUGCCAGGUGCCAACCUCUACGGGUCACACCCAUUCUACCUGGCACUGGAGGACGGUGGCUUGGCUCAUGGUGUCUUCCUGCUGAACAGCAAUGCCAUGGAUGUGGUCCUGCAGCCCAGCCCGGCCCUAACCUGGAGGUCAACAGGUGGGAUCUUGGAUGUGUACGUGUUCCUAGGCCCAGAGCCCAAGAGCGUUGUGCAGCAGUACCAGGAUGUUGUGGGUUACCCCUUCAUGCCGCCGUACUGGGGCCUGGGUUUCCACCUCUGCCGCUGGGGCUACUCCUCCACUGCCAUCAUCCGUGAGGUGGUGGAGAACAUGACGAGAGCACACUUCCCCCUGGAUGUGCAGUGGAACGACCUGGACUACAUGGACGCCCGCAGGGACUUCACCUUCAACCAGGAUGGCUUUGCAGACUUCCCAGACAUGGUGCGGGAGCUCCACCAGGGUGGCCGGCGGUACAUGAUGAUCGUGGACCCUGCCAUCAGCAGUUCAGGCCCUCCUGGGAGUUACCGGCCCUAUGACGAGGGUCUUCGGAGGGGCGUGUUCAUCACCAAUGAGACUGGGCAGCCACUGAUUGGGAAGGUAUGGCCUGGAUCCACCGCCUUCCCCGAUUUCACCAACCCUGAGACCCUUGACUGGUGGCAGGACAUGGUCUCUGAGUUCCAUGCCCAGGUGCCCUUUGAUGGAAUGUGGAUUGACAUGAACGAACCAUCCAACUUCAUUAGAGGCUCUCAGCAGGGCUGCCCUGACAAUGAACUGGAGAACCCACCCUAUGUGCCCGGGGUGGUUGGCGGGACCUUGCAGGCAGCUACGAUCUGUGCCUCGAGCCGCCAGUUCCUCUCCACACACUACAACCUCCACAACCUGUACGGCUUGACGGAAGCCAUCGCCUCCAACAGGGCCCUAGUGAAGACCCGGGGGACACGACCCUUUGUGAUCUCCCGCUCAACCUUCGCUGGCCAUGGCCGAUAUGCUGGCCACUGGACGGGGGAUGUGUGGAGCACCUGGGAGCAUCUUUCCAACUCUGUGCCAGAAAUCCUGCAGUUUAACCUGCUAGGCGUGCCCCUGGUGGGGGCGGACAUCUGCGGCUUCCUGGGGAACACAUCAGAGGAGCUGUGUGUGCGCUGGACCCAGUUGGGGGCCUUUUACCCCUUCAUGCGGAACCACAACGACCUCAAUAGCAUGCCUCAGGAGCCAUACAGAUUCAGCGAGACCGCACAGCAGGCUAUGAGGAAGGCCUUUACCUUGCGCUACGUGCUUCUGCCCUUCCUGUACACUCUGUUCCAUGGAGCCCACGUCAGAGGGGACACAGUGGCCCGGCCUCUCUUCCUGGAGUUCCCUGAGGAUCCCAGCACUUGGUCUGUGGACCGCCAGCUCUUGUGGGGGUCAGCUCUGCUCAUCACACCUGUGCUUGAGCCUGGGAAAACUGAAGUGACUGGCUACUUCCCUGAGGGCGUGUGGUACAACCUGCAGAUGGUGCCAGUGGAGGUUCUCGGCAGCCUCCCAUCUCCUCCACCAUCUCCUCCGUCACCCCCCAGAUCUGCUGUCCACAGCAAGGGGCAGUGGUUGAAGCUCGAAGCCCCACUGGAUACCAUCAAUGUGCACCUGAGGGCAGGAUACAUCCUACCGCUGCAGGGUCCCAGCCUCACAACUACGGAAUCCCGAAAGCAGCCCAUGGCCCUGGUUGUGGCUUUAACAGCAAGCGGCGAGGCCCGUGGAGAGCUGUACUGGGACGAUGGGGAGAGCCUUGGGGUUCUGGAGCAGGGGGCCUAUGCACUGAUCACCUUCUUGGCCAAGAAUAAUACCAUUGUGAAUGAGUUAGUGCACAUGACCAAGGCGGGGACUGACCUACAGCUGAAGGAGGUGGCCAUCUUGGGAGUGACCACAGCCCCUACACAAGUCCUUUCCAAUGGUGUCCCUGUCUCUAAUUUCACCUACAGCCCUGACAGCAAGACCCUGGCUAUCCCCGUCUCGCUGCUCAUGGGAGAACAGUUUCAGAUUAAUUGGUCCUAGGAGACCACACCUGUGUUUACUGAGGAUCUGAGUCCUGUGUGUUUUUCCCGCCGUGUUGCUGCUGCUGCCUGUGAGGUACCGUGUUAGGAAAGGAGUGAGGCUUGCUAACCUGUCUGUCCCAGCUGUCCGUUCCUGGCACUAGAUAAUGUGAAGUACAGCAUGGGGAUGUUUUACCUACACCAACAUCAGGCCAUGCGGCCACUGUAACUGGCACCCUACCGAGAGACAGAGUUGGUGAUGUCAUUGGGCUCAAAGAGCUUGAGAAACUUACUGUGAAGUGCACUUAUUUAAAUAAAAAGGGACAUUUGGAA